UGCCGUUUCAUAAAACCACGCAACUUGGUUGAGGAACGGAUCAUUUGCUCAUCUAAACGGCAUAAGUAGGAGGGUUUUCAUUAACUGUAUCUUCAGUUACGUAAAUACUAAAAAAAACUUUACAUUUUUGAAAUUAGGCUUAGCAAAAACAGCUGAAAGAGGUGACUUGUGAUACAGCACUUUUCGUUUAGCCUAGAAUAUUCAAUAAUCAUAGUUAAUAUGGAAAGUUCAAGCGGUUCAGGAGCAUUCUUAUUUGGGGGAAAUCAUGCAGCAGCGGCUGCAAUGAAUGCAUUACAUGCGGCUGCGGCAUCCGGAAUGACUGACGCCAAUGCAACAGUUCAAGGACUCUAUCCAUAUUCUGCAUUUCAAAGCCAUAUUUCUUCUGGAAAUUUGAAACCAGGACACAGCUCCAGCAUUGCGACGCCAUUUGGAAUCAACGAUAUAUUGAGCAGACCCAGCAACGGCGGUGAAGCAUCGUCUUCAUGUUCCAACACAAAUGUUAUGGGAAGUUCGCCUGUUCACCACGGUCACAUCAUGCCGCCCAAUUCACCUGGAGCUGCAAUGGCACAAGCUGCUGCAGCGGCUGCAAUGUAUCUUGGAAGUAGUGUUCCGUCAAAUUCAUCGGGACUGAACAGAUAUUCUCAACCGCUCACUGAACUUCCGGGCCGUCCGGCGAUAUUUUGGCCCGGGGUUUUACAGGAAGAUUGGAGGGAAAAGAUGCAACGAGGUGUUUCAGGAGGAGGUGUCGGAAUGGACAAGUACGGCAAGAAGAAACAUACCAGGCCAACUUUUUCUGGACAACAAAUAUUUGCAUUGGAGAAAACAUUUGAACAAACGAAAUACUUGGCAGGACCCGAACGAGCAAGACUGGCAUAUUCAUUGGGAAUGACAGAGUCCCAAGUGAAGGUUUGGUUCCAAAACCGACGCACAAAAUGGCGGAAACGUCACGCAGCUGAAAUGGCGACUGCAAAGAAACGACACGAUAGCGAAGUAAAACAGAAGGCUCAAGAGCGGAGAAGUACUGAUGGCUGCGAUGAUAUGGAUGGUGAAAUUUCCGGUGAAGAUGUGAAAAAUAUUGCUUAUUCUCAACAACCUCGCGACGGGGAAGAUACGAGAAAUUCCAGCGAUGCUGGCGACUUAGAUUCACAGGAUUUAUCGCCUGAAAAUUUACAUAAAACUGAUAAUUUUAACUGUAAUGCAAACUUCAAUAAUAACAAUAAUAUUGAUUGUGACGAUGAUUUCAAACCGCUUUCUCCGAAUAGCAACAUGAGCACACUUACUGCAACCGACAUAGACAAGGAGAGAGAAUUCAAAUCUUUGCUUUACAAGAAAACAAACAACGAUGGGUACCAAAGUUCAAGAAUGCGGAAGCCAUAUUUCCAGCCACAUUUCCGGGAUUCAUCGCCAAUUGAAUAUUCUAAUACCUCACAAUUUGACGGGCAUUCUAUUCCAUGCUCUGAAGUUGAAAACGCAAAGCGCAGCAUUCCGAGUGGAAUGAUGCCACAAAACUGUUCAAGUAAUGCCAUGGAAAACAUGCAAGCGCCUACGUUUGCAGGAGCAGUUCAAGGCAUUUCGUUCAACGCAAUUACAACAUCCGGCUUACCGGUAUUGAGUUCGGGCUUGGGAAUAUCAGUCGGAUCUUUUCAACAGCCUAUUGCAAAUGAUCGCCAUUUUUCGUCCAAUUCUGUGUCAUGUGCAGGCGACCCUAUAAGAUAUUUCUAACACAUCUACAACAAAGUAUAUUUGCUAGCAAGUUGUUUGCGCCGUUCCGAAACGUUUUCCCAGAAAAAUAUAUAGCCAAUGAGCUAUUCUCUAAUCGCAUAGGCAGAAUAUGGAGGGAAAAAUCCUAUGAGAAAUGAAUCGAUUAUGUAUUAUCUAAAAGGAAAACCAACUAAUCUGCCGACUGUACUCAGAUUCAAGGUUACAUGCACAUGUUUUGUCUUUUGUCUGCGAUAUCCCAUUAGGUUAGCAUUCAAAUUUCGCUGGGUAACAAAGGAAUGAACUUUUAGGAUAGGUGUCUUUGUAUACAUAAUGGCGGAAUGUGUCGUCUUAUAGCUAGGCAUAAUUGGCGAUUUUUCGCCCCUGUGAAGUAAAAAUGGAUAGUCCGUUGGUGGCUAAACCACCAAUGGCUGUAUUUUUAAAUGUGAAAUGGUAAUUAAUAAAUUUGAAACUGUUUGCAUGUAAAUCUAAAUAGAACUGCAAAGUAAUCGAAUGAAAAUUUUCUCAGUUUUGAUGUACCCACCUUACCAUUAUGGAAUAUUUUUUGUAUCAAUUAUGUUGUUAUUUAUUAUUUAAACAUUUUGGAGUUUCAAUAUGGCAUUUCGUAGAAUGAAACCGUUAUAAAAUUCAUUAUGAUCGAAUUUCAUCAUGUCUUCCUCAGCCGUAUAUAGUGUAUUUGGAAACAUGACCCUUUUUCUAUUAUUUUUGAGUAUACAAGUUUUGCAUUGCUGUCGUCUGUUUUUAUUGUUUGAAUGAUAUAAUCUCAUUUCAAAAAUGAUAUAUGUGCUACCGAAUACACAGC